UGUUUUCGUCUGCCGGAAACUAGAAAGAAGAAGAAAAAAAGGCAGAUAUUACAAGCGCGACACAAACGACAGCGACGAUAUAAAACAUUCAAAAUGUUAAAAGAGUUGGUGAAGGAGCGACUAAAGGUGGCAGCCGAUGAAAUAUUCCGCCUGUUUGAAAGAACGAUAUCGUCAUACGAGGAGGAACUUUGCAGAACAAGAGAAGAGAACGAGCGACAACGACAACAAAUGGAAGCUGCUCGCAAUACUCAAAUUGUGACCCAGGUUAAAGAUAUCCAGCAGCUGAUUGGUCGUCAAGAUGGACUUCUCUCUCAGCCACAGGAGGGGAGCUCCACUUUGAAGCAGAAAGAUCCACAGCCCCCCCACAUCAAAGAGGAAGAGGAGGAACUCUGGAUCACUCAGGAUAGAGAGCGUCUUCUACCGUUGAAGGAAGAUGAUAACGCUAAGUUGCCACUGACUGGUGUCUCUGUGAAGACCGAAUGCCAUGAAUACAAACCACCUGAGUCCUCACAGCUUCAUCACAGUCCAAGUGAGAAGAACAAAGGGGAGGAGCCUCCAAGCAGCAGCUCACCAGAAAGCAUAACAACAGAAGAUGAUGGCGAGGAUUGUGGAGGAUCACAAGCAGACCACCUCUUAGCUCCACUCUCAGACAGUGAUGACACAAUGUCACACUCUCCUGAGGAUGAAAACGACGCCCAAGAACCUUUGAGCAGCAAUACAGACUGUAAAGGGGUUAUGAGGACUCACACUAACAUUCAACACUCUGAAGGCUCUGAAAAGAUGACAGUUAAAAAACUUGGAGUUUUGGGUAACAUUCACAAGGGAACACAAAUAGUACAAAAAACAUUUAGUUGUUCAGUGUGCGGUAAAAUAUUCUCUCAAAAGUCAUAUAUGGUAAGACACAUGAGAACACACACAGGAGAACAACUUUUUAGUUGUUCAGUUUGUGAUAAAAGAAUCUCUAGUAAGUCGAAUAUGGUAAAACACAUGAGAACACACACGGAGGAAAAACCUUUUAGUUGUUCAGUAUGCGGUAAAAUAUUCUCUCAAAAGUCAUAUGUGGUAAAGCACAUGAAAACACACACAGCAGAAAAACUUUUUAGUUGUUCAGUUUGUGGUAAAAGAAUCUCUGUAAAGUCGAACAUGGUAAAACACAUGAGAACACACACGGGAGAAAAACCUUUUAAGUGUUCAUUGUGCGGUAAAACAUUCACUCAAAAGUCAACUAUAAAAAGUCACAUGAGAACGCACACAGGAGAAAGACCUUUUCGGUGUUCAGUGUGCAGUAAAAGAUUCUCUGAUAAAUCAACUAUGAAUAGACAUAUGAGAACACACACGGGAGAAAAACCUUUUUGUUGUUCAGUGUGUGGUGAAAAAUUCUCUCAAAAGACCUAUAUGGUAAAGCACAUGAAUAAACACACACAGGUGAAACACAAUAAUCCUGUUCACUUGGAGCAAAAACAUUGAUUCAGCAGCACUCACGGAGAUGCACAAUUGACAAAAGCCUUUUAAUUACCCAGCCUGCACUAGUCUAGUAGCUGUUGUGUAGAUGGUGGCAAUGAUGGAUGGUCUGAAAGAUAUAGAGAAUAGCCAAGCUAAACUUGCAAGAAAAUCAGCAUUUUAUUCUGAGAGAGUAGUGGAACAGAGGAUGCUGAAAGACAAGCUAAGAAGAAUACAGGAAAGAAACCAAGAAGUAAAGAUACCAUUGUGAAGAAUGUAAAGUUACCAUUACACACCCUUGACGAAAGCAAUUAAAAAGGAAUGAGGAAAACCAAAUAUGCAAAUAACAUAAUGAUUUUUAAUAAAUUAUUGGCGGUGUUAAAGGGGUCAUGUUAUGAUUUAUUUUUACAAUCAAAACACUUCCUUGUGGUCUACAUAACAUGUGAUGGUGGUUCUUUGGUCCAAAUGAUGCAUAGAUUAUGUUUUAUAGACCGUUUUCAUGCAGCUUUCUGGCCGUCUCUUCAGGACGCCCCGCUUUGUGGACUGUUCCUUCACUUUGACAGCGUCUUCUCACCGCCAUCUUUGUUGUAGUUUUUUGAGCUUCCAGAUCAACUCUACAGAAAGGUAUAAGUUCGAACUAUACGCUACUUUCUAUUAAAAAUGGCGUCAGCGGAGGAUGCAUGUGCAUGUACGAGCCAGUCUGCCCCACCGCAAGAGGAUAGUGGGGGAAAAAAGGAGCUUAUUGACUACAGAGUCGGGCUACAAUGGCGGCCCCUCGCCACUUGUGAAUUUAUACUAUGUAGGAAUAAUCCACUGAUUGCACCACUCAAUGGUUGAAUUUCACAUUUUCAGGAAUUAUGCAGAUCCUAAAUACACAACAGCAGGUACAAAUAGGUAAGAAAAGUUGAUUUUGAGGCCCCUUUCAGAUGAGUGCAACUUUGGAAGUGUAAAUGGAGCACUCAAUUAAUCACUCCAAUUUUAAUUAGAUCAUGUCAAAUAUUGACAUCAUAUAAACAAUCCCACUUGCACUUAAAUAGUUCCAAGUCCAAAAUAAGUGGGAAGAAGCAAGUAGAGCUUAUUUGAUCCAUCCCCUGCUGUGAUACAUGUCUGAUGAUGAUGUGCCUUAUAUGCACUGUGCCUCAACAACGUAUGCUUAUAAUGUUCCUUAAAGGGGACCCAUCAUUAUUGUAAUUUACAUAUGACACAAUUCCUUGUGGACUAGAUACUGUUUUUUUGGCUAUGCUUUGGUGGGAAAGUUGCGCUUAACGCAGGCAGAGAGCAUGUUCUAGGAUGCCCACAUAAGUAUGUCCACCACACUGCGAUGUCAUACUUUGCCCACUGUUAAAAAAAAAAGACAGGCAUCUAAAACUGUGUGCAAGCUCAAAAUAAAAUGCAUGAACAUUAUGAUGUGAUGCUUUUGCGUUGAUAAUACUAGUAUCCAAAAUUGUAACAUUUACAAGUCAGAAAAUUGGUAAGUCACCUUUAAAGUGGCCCAUGCUUAUACAUCAACGUUAUGUAUUGAAUCCACCUCAUAGAUUAUUUUCACAUGUGCUUAACUGCAUACUAAAUGUUUUCAAAUUUGUUUUAUUUGAAAGAUUAUACAUUCCUCUCUUGUUGUCAAGAAUAAUUGUCGUACAUUUGCGGGAGUGUAUACAAUAUUUGUACAUUUCAUUAUUUCAAAGUUGAUAAACAAAUGGUUUCUGUGUUCUGUAUAGCCAGCAGGAUUAUCCUAAGUGAAUGAAUGGAAUUGUUUUCCCGUAUUUCUAAACAAUAACUCACGUAUGGUAACAGAGCAGUACAGAGUAUGUAUUGAUUUUUUGUUCAGAAUAUACAAAUAUUAACCACUUUUCGCUGUAUAUGCUUGAUCUGUGGUUUCCAGCUCAAUUUAUUAUCAAUCAUAAAUUGUAUACAAUAGUUUUCUUGUACCAUG